UAUUUAUCGGCAUUGUGACAUAUAUAACUAUUUAACUAGGAAUAAUUAUUUUAUAAUCAAAUACCAUAUUUACAGAAUCCACAAGAUCCUUUGCAUGUUUAUAUACACAUAUUGUCAAUUGCCAAAUAUAUAUUGCAUAUAUAUGUAUGCUUCUGAAGCCGAUAAGUAGUUUCACAGAGUAACUUCAUUAUCAGAUAUUAUGCCGGGAAUUCAUUUACAAAAGUCUCUAAAAUGUGUGUCGUGUUGUGUGCUGUGUAAAGACUCUAUUUGGGCCAUUGUAAUAUAUUAACUAAGUAUUUUAAACUAGUGUUCAAAGUGGUGACUAUGACUAAGUGAAGUAGUGAUCAGUGCCCAGGUUUAUGACUUCUAGUAUCUGCUUUGGAGGGUUUUCUUCAAUAAAUGAAGGAAAAUAUAAAACGAGGACCUAUACAUUUUCGAAUGUCGAUUCCGUGGCAACAGCUGCGGGACGUCAAUUGGAUGAAUAAAAAGGCUUGUGCAAAUCAAGCAUACAUUCCGACCCAGGUGGAGCACAUAGCAAAUGUCAUCACGCACGGUGUAUGGGUUGUUCCUAGUAUAUUGGCUGGUUUAGAACUGCUGCGAAGGUCCACAAAUACUACCCAGUAUUUGUCGGCAAUCAUCUACGGCGCUGCACUCACCAUGCUGCUCACUGUAUCCACGUUCUUCCAUUCAGUUUUCUACUGCAAUAAAAAUAAGAAUUAUUGUUUCAGGCAACUGAAGGACGCCCUUCACCGAUGCGAUCGGGCCAUGAUCUACGUCUUCAUAGCUGGCAGUUACUUUCCUUGGCUCACUAUCACGCCAGAGCCUCAGAUGACCACGGUUAUAGUAGCCAUGCGCUGGGUAGUUUGGCUCCUUGCUGCUUUGGGCAUUCUGUACCAACAAAUAUUUCAUGAGAGAUACAAGACCUUUGAGACCCUACUGUACUUAAUCAUGGGAGUAGGACCCUCCAUUGUGAUAUUACUGUCUGAUCACGAGUUAUCGGGACUGGCAGAAUUAAAAUUAGGCGGCGUUUUAUACAUUCUGGGCGUUUUCUUCUUCAAGGCUGAUGGUUCCAUACCGUGUGCCCACGCGAUAUGGCAUUUGUUUGUUGUAUUAGCCGCCGCUGUGCAUUACUAUGCUAUUUUGAACUAUUUAUAUCCAGAAUUGACGUCUUCGAGAGGAUGAGUGUUUUUUAAUACCACGUAUGACAGAUCCGAUUUAUAGCAUUGUAUAGCUUAACAAAAUCUUCAUCUUUACCUCGUUGCAUUACCUUUGUAAUA